UGUGACGUUCGCGAACGAACCGAUUCUUUUGAACGGAUCAUAAACAUGAACGAUGGGAGCCGAGUCGCGGCUGGGGGGGAGCCGUUCUUUCUGUCGUUCUUUUUUUCUUAUGCGUGUUUCACACAGAUGCACACAAAUUAGCUCCUCCGCGAGAUAGAACAGUUAUAGGGGGAGGGGCGCACCCAGCGCAGGGGUGCUACUGCCUAACAGCAUGAUGAUAGUUGUACACGCAUCCUUCACGUGAGUACUCCAGUGGAAAAAAACCCUGCGUGCCUCUGUCAUUGGGUAGGAGCGGAGCCAUGACUUGUGCACGCUGCAGUCACAUGCUUACUUCAGUUAAAAAAACAAACAAACAAAAAAAAAACACGUGCGAGUGCCUCUCUGUCUCAGUCCCAACGUCAGUAAUAGCGGGUCGUUCGAAGGAAGAAGACAAACACGUGACACGUCUGAAAAUGAGCCAGAGGAAAAGGAGCAGCAUUUUGGUGCACUUUUCUCGCGAAGAAAACAGUAAGGCUAAAUGCAGCAUUUGUCAAAAAGUCAUUUAAUUUAAGUCUGGGUCAACAAAUAAUUUACACAGGCAUUUGAAGACUCAACACGCAACACUGCAGGUCACAGGUCUGAGAGCAGAGCCAGACUCAGACAACAACAGUGACGCUGAUGUGUCCAUUGCCUCCUCUGCCUCCAAAUCAAGUGCAACUGCAGCCACAGCAGCCUGUGACCCCACUGGGCCCACCACAUCGCCUGGCCAGGCACGACCAAAAAGAAAGCAGACAUCCAUCACUCAAUAUUUACCUCCUGUCUUGACCCCAUUAAGACAGGAGAAGAUAGACGAAGAGCUGGCAAAGAUGAUAGCCACUGACUUCCAGCCUUUCUCAAUAGUGGAGGACACAGGAUUCAAAAAAUAUUCACAGGCGCUCAACCCCUCCUACAUUCCUCCAAGUAGGAAGGCACUAGCCCAGAAGGUCAUGGAUAUGUAUGACAGGGAGACAGCAUCUUUGAAGAGAAGGGUGUCAAAAGUACCAGCUGUCUGUUUAACCACAGACUGUUGGACUUCAAGAACGACAGCAUCAUAUAUGUCUGUAAUCUGCCAUUUUAUCGAGGAUUUCCGUGUGGCCUCCUGGACUGUUUUGAAUUCAGUGAGCGGCACACAGCAGACAACAUUGCAGAACAGCUGCUUAGUGUUGCAGCAGAGUGGAGGGUGGACAAGAAAGUAGUGUGCUGCCUAACCGAUAAUGCGGCAAAUGUUACUAAGGCUAUACAAACCAUUGGAUGGAUGCACCUACCAUGCCUGGCCCAUACUAUUAACCUGGUGGUAAGAGAUGCCCUGCAAGCUUCAAAGCCCAUCAUUGAUAAGGUGAAAGAGGCAGUGGAGUACUUUCACAGAAGCACCGUGGGGGCACAAAAACUGAAGGAGACUCAACUACAAAUGAAGAUGGAGGAGCUCCGACCGAAACAGGAUUGUCCUACAAGGUGGAAUUCCACCUACUACAUGUUGAAAAGCUUUAUUGCCAGUAAAAAUGCCAUCAUCUCCACCCUGGCCGUCAUCAAUGCACCUGUCCGCCACCUGUCCCAGGAGGAAUGGACCACAGUGCAAGAAAUAUGCACAAUCUUGCAACCAUUUGAGGAAGUCACUGUGGAACUCAGUGCAGAAAGCUACUUGACAGCCUCGAAGGUCAUAGUGCUGGCCAGGGGACUUCAAAGAGCCACCGCUGAUUUCCGGCAAAACACUACAACAGCGGCAGCGCAAGGUGUGAUCGACAGUCUGUGUGCGAGUAUGUCAUCACGAUUCCACAGGAUUCAUGCCAACCACAUACUAGCAGAUACUGCUGCACUUAACCCGCGUUUUAAGAGGAUGGCCUUCCAUGAUGGCGGAACAGCAGAUGAGACGUUUCAAAGGCUGUCAGCUGCAGUAACAAGAAUUAGCAGUGGCACACCCAUCCAACAGCAACCAGCUGCAGAAGGACUGGAAGGAGCAGGCAGUGGUGCUGGAUCAAUAGUUUGGAGCUAUUUCCAUGAGGAACAGGUAGCUGGAACAGUGGAAGCCAGGAAUCCCACCGCCGAUGCUGUCAUGGAGGUGCGAGCCUACCUGGAGGAGCCUCUUCUUCCAACACAUGAGGAUCCCCUCAAGUGGUGGGAGAGUCGAGCCCCGUUUACCCCAGGCUUAGCAAGCUGAUGGCCAAGAAGCUUUGUGUUGUGGCAACAUCAGUUCCCUCUGAGAGAAUAUUCUCGAAAACUGGACAGAUAAUCUCAGAGAGGAGAAGCCGCCUUAAGCCCAAAAAGGUCAGAGCUCUUGUCUUCCUUAAUGCAAAUUUGCCCAAGGACAAGAAAGAGAGGCAGAAAAAGCCAUAAAGUAAGGAACUGCUUUGUAUUUAUUUACAUUGCAUUUUGUGUUCAUUUAAAACUUGAAGGGGCUGAUCUCUUAUUUGCAAAGUUUACAGUAGUUAUAGUAGUAAUAGUGGACUGUAUGUAGACAUUUCCAUUUUAUUUAUUCUAAUUUUAUCUACAGUAUAUAUAUAUAAACUUUAAAUAUUUUUUAUUUUCUAUCAAAAUGUUCUUGUGUGAUAAUGUUCUUGUGUGGAAGUGUUUGUAGUAAAAGCUAUUUUGCACAGAAAUUCAUUGCAGCCGGCUUUGUUUUUGAUGUUUAUUUGUGAGUAGGUAUUGUAUGAAUAACAUAAGUCAACGUAGCUUUACACAUACACACACUUUGUACUAAAGGUAAAUCCAAAAUAGUGAUGUCACUGUCUAAGCAGAGGGAUGUUGUGCAACCCUAUGGAAUAUAGUCCACACAUGACAAAUGAGGUAAUAAUCAAUAUUUCAGAAUAAUUCAAACUCAGAUAUUAGUGUGUGAUAUCUGAGUUUUAAUUAUUUGACUACAAAUCACCUCAUCAUUCCUCCCAGUGAUUAUUUCCAGGAUAAACUGAGAUGCCCCCAAGCUGGCUUCUUAAAGCUGACUAAAUAUUUAAAAAGAGCCAAAAGAGCCGUUCUUUUGAACGGCUCUUUGAAAGGAACGGAUCGCCAAGAUCCGGAUCCCCUCAAAGAGCCAUAAAUCCCAUC